AUGGGCAUUGAGGUUGAGGCAAAGCAAGAUGCUUGGCGCAGCAUCAAGAAAACGCUAAGGUGUUGUAUCAGAACAAGCUGGAGAUGUGCCUCUGAACAUUGGGCAAUAUUCAGCCUAGUGCUACUGCUCUACCUGCUGUACAAGUACACGCCGGGUUUCUUCGCUUUCCUGCUUUCCACAUCUCCGGUGAUUAUAUGCACCAGCCUUCUCCUUGCUGUGCUGCUAUGCCAUGGGAGCGCACACCUACCGGAGAUCCAUGAAGACAGGAAGGCUCCUGAACAAAGUUCAGCUGGGAGCUCGUCCGGAAAUGUUCGUACUGAAGAACAACAGAGAUUUUCAGUGCCUACAUUGAAGAAGAACAUAGCCGGGGAGGCAAGUUUUGGCAGAAGGGACUGGAACAAGCAUGCUGAUCUGGAUGAAAAUGUUCCUCUUCUGAAGCAAGUUUGUCAAGGGGAUGAGAGAGUCGGAAAUUUUCACACUUUUGUUCCUUCGCUGAAGCAAGAAGCUGCUACGGAAGAGUACAUGAAGUAUAAUGCAGAAAAAGAGUCUCAAGGUGCAUUUUCUAGCAAGGAUGAGUAUGCCAAUUCAUUCGAUGACGUGCAUCGUAAUACAAUUGACGGGGAAGAGGCCACCCUAGGCCUUUGCUCUUCAAGUGAGAAUGUCAGUGAGGAUGUUAAAGUGGUGGCAAAGCCAGAUGAUCAAGGGACAGUAUCUACAGAUGCACAGAGUGGUGAGGUGGCAGAUGUUUCAUCAGACCAUAAGGCUGUUGAUGGAACUCCAGGUAAAUGCAAAUGGGGUCGUGCUUUUUCUGUGCGCCGGAGGAAGAAGCUUGCUGAUAUAAAGAUUGAGGCUAUUAAUUCUGUUGUGGACAACCAAUUAGACCAUUCUCUAUGCUCGCCAUUCGAUACAUUUGGCAGCCAUGAUAACAGUUCAUCAGGAUUUCACCCUGAUAAUGCAGAGAGACACUCUCCUCAUGUUUCUAUGACAGUCACUGCUAUGGUGCUUGAUGAGACCGAGACGGGCCCUCCUUUGGGUGUUGAUUGCUCUUGCCCUGAUCCCAUUACUACUGAUGAUUCAGACAAUCAUUUCAACAUAUCUUCUCUGGAUUCUCAACCACAGAGUGUUAACAAUGAAGUGGCUGACAAUAGCAAGGCCAAAGAUGAUGGUGAGGAGAAGAAGGAUGAUGCUGGAACUGAGCCUGCACUUCUGUGGACAGCUGACAACGAGAAGAAUGUCAUGGAUCUUGGGUACUCCGAAAUCGAACGGAACCGUCGGUUGGAGACACUGAUGGUGAAGAGAAAAUCAAGGAAACACAUACAAUUUGAUCCUGACAGCAUGGGCGGUAUAGCAGAUCAUGAUGUAUCACGAUUCCGUCCCCAAGUUCAGCCUAUUUCAGUUUCAGCACGAAGGAUGAGCCCCUUUGCUGAUGAUGCGGAAAUUCCAGGCUCGGCUCCUCCUAUUCUGCAUCCACGAGACAAUAAUCCCUUCGAUUUCCUUACUGAUGAACAAUCAGACGACAGUGGCCUCCCUGCACCCGAUAACCUGGAACCCCAGGAACCGAUGCCAGUGCUGCAUCAAGACGCGGUCUUCAGAAGGCACGAGAGCUUCAGCUUCGGCAGGCCACCUCAGAGUCAGAGACACGGACCCAGCAGGUUCAAGCCAUGCUUUGCCCUGGAGGAAUUCAGCCUUGACGAAGCGAGCGCGAGCAGCUUCCAGAGGCAGUUCAGUGACAGGAGCGCGUCAAGGCUGAGCGUCGUCUCCGAGUGCGACACGGUCUCUUCGGUCGGCGAUCAGGAGCACAACGACCUCAUACGGAACUACAUCCGCGGGGUGCGCGAAUCAUCGCCGAGCCUGCUAGGGCAGCAGGACGGCGGCGAUGGCGACGCUGUGUCUGUGUGUGCUGGAAAUGAGUGCUCGGACGGGAUCGGCUUCGUGGACAAUGAGGCUCUGAAUGCCGUCAUCUGCUGA